UUUGGGGUUCAUUUAAGCUGAAUUUCAUUUCGGAAAGCUUCCGUUUUUUAAACCAGAGGGCGGGUACCCAACCCAAACAUUCUAUUCUCUCCUGUCUUCUCUCCCCUCACAUCUAAACACUAUUACGUUUCCUUUCACAGACAAUAAAAAAUGGCAGAAUCCGAGGAUAUUCAGCCCCUUGUUUGUGACAAUGGUACCGGAAUGGUCAAGGCAGGAUUUGCUGGAGAUGAUGCUCCAAGAGCUGUGUUUCCCAGCAUUGUAGGGCGCCCUCGCCACACGGGUGUGAUGGUUGGGAUGGGACAGAAGGACGCCUAUGUGGGGGAUGAGGCUCAAUCGAAGAGAGGUAUUCUGACUUUGAAAUACCCGAUCGAGCAUGGUAUUGUUAGCAAUUGGGAUGAUAUGGAGAAGAUCUGGCAUCACACAUUCUACAAUGAGCUCCGUGUGGCUCCAGAAGAGCAUCCAGUUCUCCUCACAGAAGCACCCCUUAACCCCAAGGCCAACCGUGAGAAAAUGACUCAAAUUAUGUUUGAGACAUUCAACACUCCUGCUAUGUACGUUGCAAUCCAGGCCGUCCUUUCCCUGUAUGCUAGUGGACGUACAACUGGUAUUGUUCUUGACUCUGGGGAUGGUGUGAGUCACACAGUUCCGAUAUAUGAAGGGUAUGCCCUCCCACAUGCCAUCCUUCGUUUGGACCUGGCAGGUCGUGAUCUUACAGAUGCCCUCAUGAAAAUCUUGACUGAACGUGGUUACUCUUUCACCACUACUGCUGAGCGGGAAAUUGUGAGAGACAUGAAGGAGAAAUUAGCCUAUAUUGCUCUAGACUAUGAACAAGAACUAGAGACAGCAAAGACCAGCUCAUCUGUUGAGAAGAGUUAUGAAUUACCUGAUGGGCAGGUUAUCACGAUUGGUGCUGAAAGAUUCCGAUGCCCUGAAGUCCUCUUCCAGCCAUCCAUGAUCGGGAUGGAAGCUGCUGGUAUCCAUGAAACCACAUACAACUCUAUCAUGAAGUGUGAUGUUGAUAUCAGGAAGGAUCUCUAUGGCAACAUUGUUCUUUCCGGAGGCUCCACUAUGUUCCCUGGAAUUGCUGAUAGGAUGAGCAAAGAGAUUACAGCAUUAGCUCCAAGUAGCAUGAAAAUCAAGGUCGUAGCACCGCCCGAGAGGAAAUACAGUGUCUGGAUAGGAGGCUCCAUUUUGGCAUCCCUCAGCACCUUCCAACAGAUGUGGAUUGCAAAGGCUGAGUAUGAUGAGUCUGGCCCCUCAAUUGUUCACAGGAAAUGCUUCUAAUUGCGCGAAGCAAGAGGCGGACAAAGAAUUUACACUUAACAGAUUUUGUAUCACAAAAAGGCUUCUAUUUAAGUGGUUGCAGAAUUUCUUUUCCUAUUCAUUUUACAUUUUCAUUCAUGUUUAUUUCUCUAUGUUUGUUAUGUUGGGACAUGAGCAUGGAGGCGAGCAAAAUAUGAUCAAUAUUCAAUUAUUUUGUUACUGCUUUGUAGAGAAAUUAUGUAUUGGUACUGAUUUGGUUUGGUUGAAUCAAAAAUCCCCUUCAAUAUUAUUUA